UGCGGAGCCGAGUCCAGGAGCCGCCGCCGCAGACGGCAGCCUCCGGGAACCGCAUCGCCGCCGCGCCGCCCUCGCCGCCCCGGGCCCGUCCGGGUCGGCCCCGCCCAGGGAGACCCCGGCCCCCCGCUUGCGGUUGUUGAAACGCCAGGCGUCAAGAUGACUGAGCGCUUUGACUGCCACCAUUGUAAUGAAUCUCUCUUUGGCAAGAAGUAUAUUCUGAGGGAGGACAACCCCUAUUGUGUGGAGUGCUUUGAGACCCUCUACGCCAACACCUGCGAGGAGUGUAAGAAGCCCAUCGGCUGUGAUUGCAAGGACUUGUCGUACAAGGACCGGCACUGGCAUGAGACCUGUUUCCACUGCUCGCAGUGCAACCACUCGCUGGUGGACAAGCCCUUUGCUGCCAAGGAGGAUCAGCUGCUCUGCACAGAAUGCUACUCCAACGAGUACUCAUCCAAGUGCCAUGAGUGCAAGAAGGCCAUCAUGCCAGGUACUCGCAAGAUGGAGUACAAGGGCAGCAGCUGGCAUGAGACCUGCUUCAUUUGCCAUCGCUGCCAACAGCCGAUUGGAACCAAGAGUUUCAUCCCCAAAGACAAUGAGAACUUCUGUGUUCCCUGCUAUGAGAAGCAAUAUGCCAUGCAGUGUGUUCAGUGCAAAAAGCCCAUCACCACUGGGGGAGUCACCUACCGGGACCAGCCCUGGCACAGGGAGUGCUUCGUGUGCACCGCCUGCAAGAAGCAGCUGUCUGGGCAGCGUUUCACGUCUCGAGAUGAGUUUGCCUACUGCCUGAACUGCUUCUGUGAUCUAUACGCCAAGAAGUGUGCGGGGUGUACCAACCCAAUCAGCGGCAUUGGAGGCACGAAGUACAUCUCCUUUGAAGAGCGGCAGUGGCAUAAUGAUUGCUUCAACUGUAAGAAAUGCUCCCUCUCAUUGGUGGGGCGAGGCUUCCUCACAGAAAGGGACGACAUCCUGUGCCCUGACUGUGGAAAAGAUAUCUGAAGGCGAAACAGAGAAGCUACUGCUUGCAGUAUAUACAGAUUUAUAUAUGUUCUUUCUCAGCCAGGCAGUAUGGUGUUCCGGUUUUCACCAGCCACGUCAGGACUUUCCUCUUGUGCUUCUUGGUGACGUUCACGUUUCUUUAAGCCUUUUAAGCCAUUUCACUACUUCAGUCCCAGGGAAGGUGAAAGCUUACGUAAACCCUGGGUGGGAAGGUGGUUUUGAAUUUUUGUAAUGGAGUAAGACAAAUCCGCAAGUACAACUCCUUUGAAUGAUGUCAUUAUAAAUGUAUCUUUCUCUCACUGCGUAUUUAAUUUUUAAGUGCAAUGAACGUGUGUCACGAACUUGAAACUUUUCCCAACUAGGUAAGGUCAUGAAGGGUUGGUAUCUUAUAACUGUGUAACUUCCUGUCAUAUAAAGCCUAACGCGAGAUUACGUGACUUACAAUAAAGUUACUCAGUACAAA